GGCUGCAAGCCUCAAAUGGGUACUUUACUCCUCAUCAUGUUUUAUCUCAUGCCUUGUUUGUCCUCAACCAUCUAAAUACUAAUGACAAAGGACUCACUGCAGCCCUAAUCCAUUGGGAUCGUGAGUUCCACAGUACACCUCUGCCAUUGGUGUAUUAAAAAGAUUUAUUAUCUAACACAUGGAAGGGACCAGAUGUUCUCAUAACCGCGGGACGAGGGUAUGCUUGUGUCUUUCCACAGGAUGCCGAUUCCCCUAUCUGGAUCCCGGAUCGCCUUAUCCAACCUACAGAGGGAGAAAAGAAGGCGCAAGCGCCUCCAAAAAAAACAACAAAGGAAACUGCUGACAAAAAUAAAGAAGAUGCAACUCGGCGGCGGCGGCGAGAAAAUAAAAAUGACUUGGUCGCAGAUUCAGCUUCUAACUCGGGACGCAAAGAAGCUACUGAUUGAGCAGGGAAAACCCCUCACCGCUUCAUUUUAUUUCACUGCCUUUUUGUCUUUGCUCUUUGCUCCGCUACCAGUAGCUCAGGGAGUUUCCUUUUGGGCGUAUGUUCCUAAUCCCCCAAUCAUUCAGCCAGUGGGAUGGUUAGAUCAAAAACCCAUCAAAAUGUUGACAAAUGAUUCAGUCAGAUUGGGUGGAGCUCAAGAUUCUGACGCUCAAAACAGCUCCUCCUCUCUUGUAAACUUUAAAGGCAAAGCAGAUUCACUACCAAUCUGCCUGACGCUGCAAGGGAAAGUGCCUUACGGCUGCUUUCCUACAUCUUAUAGAACCUUCCUGACUGACGGUCCAGACAAGGCGAGUGCUGUACAACAGGACGUGUUCGAGCUUCAUUUUAAAAACAGAAAAGGGGGAACUGCUACGCCCACAGCUGUGACACCUGUGUAGCUGUAACAAAGCUUAAAAGCUUGCCGCUGUACUAGAGUCUGGCAACAAAAGGGCUGAGAUUAAAGCUUCCUGGAGCGAGACCUCAGGCAGUUUCCCCAAGUCCAACGGUCGUCAUGCGGCCUGAGGAUCUCAGGGCAACAGUCCUUGUUUACACUAAUCAUGCUUUUUCUCUGUAUGUCUUUUCUAUGUUGUGGGGAGUGAAUCAUAAAAAAAAAGAAACAACUUUAAAAUGAUUUGCCUUUCAUGGAAAGGCUAGCCAGGACUAAAAAGCCUUGGUGCCUUCAUAGUAAAAAAAAAAAGUCAACAGAUCAUAAAAAAUAUAAAACCAGCCCUAAGGUAUUGAUAUAAAAGGGUAUAUAACAACUAAAAGGAUAAAUGAAUAUAUAAAAAUGAAAAAAAAAAUAAAUAAAAUUAUACAAAAAGUAUUUAAAGGGUGACUUGAACCUUGGCUGGUAAACGUCUGGUUUUCACAGAUGUGGUCUUUGACGCGAGACAGAUUUCACAAAAUUCUGAGAUCAUGCCCUUAAACAACAACCACAAUAAACGCCAAGCUGCGAAAAUGAUACACAAAAAUAGAUACUAAAGUACUUUGCUAUUGUCU